AUGGCUUAUAUCUUCACAGUACAACCUUCAGAAUCAGUCAAAGAACCAUUUAUAUCGGCAUCCAAUGCUUCGAUUCAACCCGUACCUUCUCACAAUGAUCCCAAAACAUUAUCCACUAAACUCGAAGAUGAUGAUGAUGAUCAAUGUCAAUGUUGUUCUGCAUGUGAUCAAUGCUGUGGAAGUUUUCUAGACUUUUUUUGUAAUUGUUGUGUAUUGUUUACAUGUUUGGCGAACUUGAACUGA